AUGAACGCUAGUUUAUCAGAGUCUAUUAUCAGUCAUAUAAAGAGAUGUCCUCAAACCUCCAGAGGAUGUAACGCCGAUUUGCUCGUUGGAAGGCAUGUGAGUCUGUUCCAGAAAUUUAGGAAGCUUGAUUAUGAUGGUCAGUCGCAAAAUCUGUCGCAAAUCAUAUCCCUCCAAGAACCAGAACGUAGGAGAGUUGAGGAAAAUGUAUCUCGUAGACAUUGCACUGUAAAGUACAGUAUUAAUUACACUCAACAGAAAUACCCUGAUGCAAAUAAUAUUUCCUUGAGGGUUUAUCACGACAUUUUUAAGAGCAAGUUCAAUCUGCGAUUUGCUCUACCAAGAUCUGACACAUGUUCGUAUUGUGACAAGCUGUUUAUGAAUUUUUGUUCAAAUGAUGACGCUAAUGAAAAGAAAAGAAGUGAAAUCGAGAGUGAAAUCCACCAUAGAAAAGCUGAAACGGGUUAUAAAACAUUGAAAGAUGAUACCGAUACAUCUAAACUCAAUCCCAAUUAUGUUGUGUUGUGCACAGAUCUGCAACAAGUGCUUUUUUGUCCCAAUUUAACACAUUCAUCUGUAUUCUACCAAAGGCAAUUCUCAACAUAUAACUAUGCUGUUCAUAAUAUGGGGGAGGAAAACGCAAAAAUGUUACUAUCGCAUGAAGCAAUGGCACACUGGGGAUCUACAGAGAUUGCUUCAGCACUACUAUUCUAUAUUACUAACAAGUACAGUCGUCAAAAACCAAGUGAAGAAAGAAAACUAGUUGUAUGGUCUAACAGGAACAAUCAUAGCGUAAUUAUUAUUCUAGAGAUAUAA